AUGGCCUUCACUUUUGCUGCUUUCUGCUACAUGCUCUCGCUGGUGCUUUGCGCUGCGCUCAUCUUCUUCGCCAUCUGGCAUAUAAUUGCCUUUGAUGAGUUAAGAACGGAUUUUAAGAGCCCGAUAGACCAGUGCAACCCUGUUCAUGCGAGGGAACGGCUGAGGAACAUUGAACGCAUCUGCUUCCUUCUGCGAAAGUUGGUGCUACCAGAAUACUCCAUCCACAGCCUCUUCUGUAUCAUGUUCCUAUGUGCGCAGGAGUGGCUCACCCUGGGGCUGAAUGUGCCUCUACUGUUCUAUCACUUCUGGAGGUAUUUCCAUUGUCCGGCAGAUAGUUCAGAGCUGGCCUAUGACCCACCGGUGGUCAUGAAUGCAGAUACCUUGAGUUAUUGUCAGAAGGAGGCCUGGUGCAAGCUGGCCUUCUAUCUCCUCUCCUUCUUCUACUACCUUUACUGCAUGAUCUACACUUUAGUGAGCUCUUAA